AUGGGUCGUGUCAUCCGCAACCAGAGGAAGGGCCGUGGCUCUAUCUUCACUGCCAACACCCGCCUCAACAAGGCUCCUGCGAAGUUCCGAACCCACGACUACGCCGAGCGCCAUGGUUACGUCCGCGGUGUCGUGAAGGAGAUUGUCCACGAUGCAGGCCGUGGCGCACCACUCGCCAAGGUCGUCUUCCGCAACCCAUACCGAUACAAGCUGCACACCGAGACCUUCAUCGCCAACGAGGGCAUGUACACCGGUCAAUUCGUCUACGCCGGCAAGAACGCCUCGCUCACCAUUGGCAACAUCCUCCCACUCGGCUCCGUCCCUGAGGGUACCGUCGUGACCAACGUGGAGGAGAAGGUUGGCGACCGUGGUGCGCUGGGCAGAACAUCCGGCAACUACGUCACCGUCAUCGGCCACAACCCAGACGAGGGCAAGACUCGCGUCAAGCUCCCAUCUGGCGCAAAGAAGGUUGUCAAGAGCUCGGUCCGUGGCAUGAUUGGUAUUGUCGCUGGUGGUGGCAGAACCGACAAGCCUCUCCUCAAGGCUUCCCGCGCGAAGCAUAAGUUCGCUGUCAAGCGCAACUCGUGGCCAAAGACUCGUGGUGUUGCCAUGAACCCCGUCGACCAUCCUCACGGUGGUGGUAACCACCAGCAUAUUGGUAAGGCCUCGACCAUCUCCCGCUACGCUGCACAAGGUCAAAAGGCCGGUCUUAUUGCCGCCCGGAGAACGGGUCUCCUGCGUGGUACCCAGAAGACCAAGGACUAA